AUGGAUAACAACGCAGAAUACAAGGAGGCCUUUGCGCUUUUUGACAAAAAGGGAACGGGAACUGUUCCACGAGAGACUCUUGGAGACUUGCUACGUGCUCUUGGGCAGAAUCCAACACAGGCAGAAGUCUCAGAGAUUGUGAACAAGGCGCCGCGAGAAGUUGACUACAAGACCUUCCUCAGUAUUCUGAACCGUCCCGAUGGUUUCAAACCAGCAGGAACCCCAGAGGAGUUUAUUCGAGGAUUCCAGGUCUUUGACAAGGAAGGCAACGGCUAUAUCGGCGCAGGCGAGCUACGAUACGUUCUCACCCAGCUUGGAGAAAAGAUGACAGAUGAAGAAGUCGAUGAGCUGCUCAAGGGUGUUCAGAUUGGCGCCGAUGGAAACGUAAACUAUGAGAGCUUUGUACGAACCAUCCUCAGCCAGUAG